AUGUUGCAUUUUUACCAUACUCAUGUGGCGGAGAGUAUUUCACAAUUAUCUGACUCGACAUUAUGGCUGGACGUCAUCAUGCAGCAAAGCCAGCACCACGCUGUUAUUCGAAAUGCCCUGGUUAUCAUGAGCUCUUUGUACAAAGACUAUUCGCAGGGAUCCCUAGGCACAUCGCCAUAUCAGCUCGAACUUAUCAACAAGGCACACAGACAACUGCGACUGCAUCUUGCGUCGCGCAGUGCAUCCGUCGAGGCUGCGCUGAUUUGCAGUCUGAUUUUUUAUAUCCUUGAAUGCCUCAUCGGCAAUACAAAACAUGCGAUAUGGCAUCUUGAUCGAGGACUGACCCUGCUGCAACAUUAUCAGGAGGAAUCAAUGAGUCUUGAUCUUGUUCCGGGCUUCGAUCGGAUGGUGACCGUUCUGUCUCGACUUGAUGUCCAUGCCAGUAUCUUCGACAACGAGCGACGUCCCAUUCUGAGGCUCUCUCCGCCGGUGAAUACCGUAAUGACUUAUGGCGUCUUAUAUGUCGCACCAAAUAGUCCUGCCGAUCUCGAUACUUUCGAGAGAGAGCUCACCAUGCUCCAAAAUGCAGUGAUGCAUCAUCUGAUAUCAUAUGCCGAGCACAAACAAACACAGUCCGAUCAAACCCCCCUCUGGAUCAUUGAACAAGCCCUCUUUCUCCAGCAAGAAAUGCAAAAGCUUGAAUCAAAUCUGGAACAGAUACUACCUUCUCUCGAAAACCCACGACAAAAUCAGCACCAGCGAAAGAUUCUGUUGCGGGUGGAGGUAUCGGUAUUCCACGGCGCAUUGUUGGAGACCAUCGACGCAUCCACCGGAGAGUCCGUGAGAUCGACAGCAGCCAAUCGCAGAUUUGAUAUUGCCCUCGCAGAUAUACGUACUCUGUUGUCAUUCAAUACCACAUCUCCAAAUUCGCAGAUUCGACAGUUCACGCUGUCUACGAAUCUCGUCGCAGUAUUGUACUACAUCUGCAUGAAGAGUUUGGAUCGGGAGAUCGUGCAAUCUGCACUGUCGAUCAUGCAAAACAGCCUGUCUUCGACGCGUGACGGUCUUUGGGAUGCAAGUAUGGCUGUCGGGGUUGUGCAAUCCCUCUUGCCGGACAUGUCAGUUGUUAGCCAAUCAGACGACAUCAAACUGGAAGAUUUGGGGUCUGGAAUCGUGGACACGAGCGGUGGAUUGGAGGAGGCAUUCAGACAGCUCACGUUCGAAAGCCCAGGGCCUGAACCCCUCGAUCGCGAAACGUAA